ACAUGAUUAGCAUAAUUGCUGUUCAUUAAUUUCCUCUUUAAAUUUAUCUUCUUAUAAGCUUAUCAGUUCCUUCGUCUAGAGCACGAAAAUAAUCUGCAACUGAUUCGAGAAUCGAAUUUGAUCUUUCAGUUUCUAUAAAUUGAGUUAUCAGUUAUUUGAUUUUAUCAGCAACGAAAACAGCGCGCUUGUUCAUUUAAUACAGAUGACUAAGAGUAGCUUCAAGAUAGAGCAUGAAUUUGAAAAAAGGCGUGCCGAGGCUGAAAGAAUUAGGGGGAAAUACCCUGAUAGAUUUCCUGUGAUUGUUGAGAAGGCUGAGAGAAGUGAUAUUCCCUCCAUUGACAAGAAAAAAUAUUUAGUGCCAGCUGACCUGACAGUUGGUCAGUUUGUUUAUGUGAUACGGAAGAGAAUUAAAUUGAGUGCAGAAAAGGCAAUCUUCAUAUUUGUUGACAAUGUCCUCCCACCUACAGGAGCAAUAAUGUCUACCAUUUAUGAUGAAAAGAAGGAUGAAGAUGGAUUUCUGUAUGUUACAUACAGUGGAGAAAACACAUUUGGGUCAUAGGUCCUGGCAUAGCCCAAGUGCUUUUUCUGUUAUCUAUGCUCUACUUCAUCUUGUAUUUAUUUCCUUCCGGUUAUAUUCCCCCACCUUGGUUAUACUUUGUAUAUAGUUUGCUUUAUGUCUAUAAUCUAUGGGGCAUCAUAUCGAUGAAUAAUUUAUUACCCAUUUGGUUUUGAAUCAGCAUUUGAUUUUUCACGAA